AUGGAAUCGCGGCGAGGGAAUUCGAUGACGGAGGAGGAAUAUUCCGAGGUAGCUGCGACGAGGCGGAUCCAGAGAUUGACCUCACACAUUUCCCCCGCCGUGGCGACGCAGCCGGCGACGACAUCGGUGGUGCAGACGGAGACGUGCGCGGCGAGGACGAAGAAGCUAGAGGUCAAUGGUCAGGCGUUGUCUCUCUACAUGAGGGGAAAACACAUGGAUAUACAGGAGAAAGUGUACGAGUUCUUCAAUUCCCGUCCCGAUUUACAAACGCCGAUUGAGAUCUCGAAGGACGAUCAUCGGGAAUUGUGUAUGAGGCAGUUGUAUGGGCUUGUGAGAGAAGCUGGGAUAAGGCCGUUUAGGUAUGUGGCUGAAGAUCCGGCCAAGUAUUUCGCUAUUAUGGAAGCUGUUGGAAGUGUGGAUAUGUCGCUUGGGAUUAAGAUGGGCGUUCAAUACAGUAUUGAUAUGAAUUUAGCUGAUUUCUGGGUUUAUCACAGAAGGUCAAAUGUUCAAGGUCUCCAGACCACCGCCGCAUUCGAUCCAAUUAAAGAUGAGUUUGUAAUAGACACACCUCAUGAUGGAGCCAUCAAAUGGUGGAUUGGAAAUGCUGCAGUUCAUGGGAAGUUUGCUACAGUUUUCGCCAGGCUCAUCCUUCCUACGCAUGAUUCCAAAGGAGUCUCGGAUAUGGGUGUUCACGCCUUCAUCGUUCCUAUAAGGGAUAUGAAAACCCACCAGACUCUCCCAGGUGUUGAGAUCCAAGAUUGUGGACAUAAAGUGGGCCUUAAUGGAGUAGAUAACGGUGCCUUGAGGUUCCGUUCUGUGAGAAUACCCCGCGACAAUCUUCUCAAUCGCUUUGGAGAUGUGUCUCGAGAUGGGAAGUAUACAAGUAGCUUACCAACAAUCAACAAAAGAUUUGGUGCUACACUCGGUGAGCUUGUAGGUGGCCGAGUUGGCCUUGCCUAUGCAUCUGUUGGUGUCCUUAAAAUUUCCGCCACUAUUGCCAUUCGUUAUUCGCUAUUAAGACAACAGUUCGGUCCUCCAAAGCAACCUGAGGUCAGUAUUCUUGAUUACCAGUCUCAACAACACAAGCUCAUGCCGAUGCUAGCCUCGACCUAUGCAUACCAUUUUGCAACUGUGUACCUCGUGGAGAAAUAUUCAGAGAUGAAGAAGACUCACGACGAGCAACUGGUUGCUGAUGUCCAUGCACUCUCUGCUGGGCUCAAAUCUUAUGUGACCUCUUACACCGCCAAGUCACUAUCGGUCUGCAGAGAAGCCUGUGGAGGACAUGGUUACGCAGCUGUUAACCGAUUUGGAAGCUUGAGAAAUGAUCACGACAUUUUCCAAACAUUCGAAGGAGACAACACAGUGCUUCUGCAACAGGUGGCAGCUGAUUUAUUGAAGCAAUACAAAGAGAAGUUCCAAGGUGGAACAUUGACAGUUACAUGGAGCUACUUGAGAGAAUCAAUGAACACUUAUUUGGCUCAGCCAAAUCCCGUUACAGCGCGUUGGGAAGGAGAAGAUCAUCUCAGAGAUCCUAAUUUCCAACUAGACGCUUUCCGGUAUCGAACAUCGCGUCUCCUACAAAGCGUUGCAUUGAGAUUGAAGAAACACACCAAGACUCUCGGUACUUUUGGUGCUUGGAACAGAUGCUUGAAUCAUGUCUUGACACUUGCAGAAUCUCACAUCGAAUCAGUCAUUCUCGCCAAGUUCAUCGACGCUGUUCAAAACUGUUCGGAGCCAAGUGCAAGGGCUGCUCUGAAGCUAGUAUGUGAUCUUUACGCAUUGGACCGAAUCUGGAAAGAUAUAGGAACGUACCGUAACGUGGAUUAUGUGGCGCCUAACAAAGCAAAGGCGAUUCAUAAAUUGACUGAGUAUUUGAGUUUCCAAGUUAGGAAUGUGGCGAAGGAUCUAGUGGAUGCGUUCGAGCUACCUGAUCAUGUUACUCGAGCACCAAUUGCUAUGCAAUCUGAUGCUUAUGCACAGUAUACUCAGGUCGUUGGAUUUUAA